AUGUUCAGAAAUCGUAUUAAAAUUUUGAAAAAAAUUUUGAAAUAUACUAUUGCUUGUGGAUUGAUUUUUUUUAUCAUAAAAUCUCUUCUCGAUAAAGAUAGAGAUGAAACAAAAUUAAAAGAUCUAAACAGAUUAUUAAUCGAAACAGAAAAUGAAAAUUUAAAACGAUUAUUAAUUGUAAAAAAUAUAUGUAAAAAAUAUAAUUUAGGAAUAUACAAGGAAUUUGAUAAACCAUCCGUAUUUAAACAUCCACCAGCACCACAAUAUAGUGUUUUUUAUAUUAUCAGAUCACGCGAUCUAUCAUACUGUCCAAUUUACAAAGCCGGUAGUACAACGUGGAUUUACAAUUUAUGUCUCUUAAUGAAUGUUACCGAGGAGGAGUUGAACAAUGGAAAGAAGCAAAUAUCGACCAUUGCUAGAGGAAUAAUACCGGAACUCGAAUUUCCAGAAGCAGAAGAGGCGUUAAGGGCUACGAAGAAACUGCUAGUGGUAAGGCACCCAUUUGAAAGAUUGUUGAGCGCGUAUCGCGAUAAGCUGGAAAACUCUGUGGCUGGAAGGGAACACGGGACACUUCACUUUUAUCAGAAAUAUGGUAGCAAGAUUGUUGAAAAGUACCGUGAGGCAAACUUCACACGACCCAAAAAGAAUCAGGAGAUCAGGCAGAAAGGUGUACCUCCACCAGCGGGAAUUGAACCAACUUUCCGUGAAUUCGUGCAAUAUUUAAUUCAUACUGAUUUGCCCAAUUAUGGAGAUGACCAUUGGAUGCCAUAUUAUUGGUUCUGUGCACUUUGCAUUGUAGAUUACGACAUAAUUGCAAAGGUAGAAACAUUAAAUCAAGAUCAAAUUUAUGCGAUUCAUAAAUUAAAUCUUCAAGGGAUAAUUAAACCAAGAUGGCAACAUAAUCGUAGUCACUCGAAUGCAUCGAAAAUAUAUUUCAGCCAAUUAAAUAGAGAUAUGGUAGAAAAGUUAUAUGAGAAGUUCAAGCUGGAUUUUGAACUUUUCGAUUAUUCACCAUAUGAAUAUUAUCAAUAUGUAACAAUUUUGUAAUAUUUUGUAAUAAAUUUUUUGAUAAA